GUGCACCAUGGCCUCCCGUGCAGUGCCAGUCAGGCAGACAUGCUGUUGUUUCAAUGUCCGAGUUGCCACCGUAGCCCUGGCCAUCUACCAUAUAGUCAUGAGCGUCUUGCUGUUCAUUGAGCAUGUGGUGGAGGUGGCCCGCGGUAAAGUCUCCUGCAGGUUCUCCAAGAUGCCAUACCUCAGGCUGGCUGACCUGCUCUCCAGCUUCCUGCUCAUCGGAGUCCUCUUCAUUAUCAGCCUCAGCCUGCUGUUCGGAGUGGUCAAGAACCGGGAGAAGUACCUGAUACCCUUCCUGUCCCUUCAAAUCAUGGACUUCCUGCUGUGCCUGCUCACACUGUUGGGCUCCUACAUCGAAUUACCAGCAUACCUGAAGUUUGCCCGGCCCCGGCCCGGUCCUUCUAAGGUACCCUUGAUGACACUGCAGCUGCUGGACUUCUGUUUGAGCAUCCUGACCCUGUGCAGCUCCUAUAUGGAAGUGCCCACCUACCUUAACUUCAAGUCCAUGAACCACAUGAAUUACCUGCCGAGUCAGGAGGGCAUGCCACGCAGCCAGUUCAUCAACAUGAUGCUCAUCUUUUCAGUGGCCUUUAUCACCGUGCUCAUCCUGAAGGUCUACAUGUUCAAGUGUGUUUGGACAUGCUACAGAUUCAUGAAGCACAUGAAUUCGGCCGUGGAGGACAGCAGUUCCAAGCUGUUCCUAAAGGUGGCUCUGCCGUCCUAUGAGGAAGCCUUGUCUCUGCCCACUAAGACUCCAGAGGGGGACCUUGCACCACCCCCAUACUCGGAAGUGUGAUUCCCACCAGGCUUUCAGCCCUUGGGCUGGGAGAGGCGGAACUCCCCGCCUCCUGCUUCUUCACUUUGAUGGCUGCCAUGGCCUACUACAGGACAGUCUGCUUGUGCACCCCCCCUCACUGUCCUCUCUGCUUGGGGACCUCUUACUCACAACAGAGUCACCCUGGGCUAAAUGACCCUUUGAAGCUCAGAGUACUCAGCCUAGCAUCUCAUCUAGUCUUCAUCAGCAAUGAUACUUGUUCAGAGAACAGUCGUGGCAAAUUAGGGGGAGUUUGGUUAACAACUACUGGCUUGAUCUGUUUAGCUAGAUAGCCAACACCAGCAGGGGCAGCAGGAAGAGAAUCUGGCCAAGCAACAAUUCCUGGUGUCAGUCCAUACUCAGCUGUCAUGGGUCGUGGGUCAUGGGUCAUGGGUCAUGGAUCAUGGGUCAUGAUCAUGGUGCCCAUUUGCUACCCCCAAGUACCCAAAAGUGUACAAAUAAAACAAUACCUUCAAAUGCGUUGCUUAAACAAAUACCAAUCCAGCCAACCGCUGUCAUUAGGCAUUAUGAGAAAAUCUAAUAAGAAAAUGAGGUGUCAAACGGGAGGGAAAGAAAAAGAAAUGAAGGUCCUCCCACCAUUCACUGUAGGGCACACCAUGGACACCCUGCCCAGCCUCUGCUUGAGUUUCUCUAGCAUCUGGAGGCUGGGAAGUCCAACAGUCCUGCAACUGCCCUGAACGUUCUGCUCAGCAUGGAAAAAAAAAGUUGCUCCCGUUUUAAACAAUCCUUCCCAUGAGUCACCGCUCUGAGGCAAGCUGUCCUUAUCUUCAGUCAAGUGUUCCCCAUAGCCACACAAUGGGGAGGUUCCUGCCAGGGUCACUUUAGCCACUGGCGGAUUUAAGGUCUGGUUAUCACCAUGACAUCCCAACAGCCAGGUUGUUCCAGCCUGUUUGCUCAGGGCUACGCUCAGGGGGUGGCAGGCUUGGAAUUGGCUGCCCUGUGGGCAGUUGUCUGUCACUAUGUCUGUCACUAUGGCUGCCUAGUUGGGGGCAGGCUAGCCCAUGGGGUGUGAAGAGCCAGCCAGAGUCUUGUGUCCCAUGGUGGCAGCAAGGAGGGUCAGUCCAGGUGUCUCUGCCCACUUUCCCAUUGCUCGGGGUUCUAGGGGUUGCUAGGAAUUUGCUCCUGCUUGUGGUGUAGAUGGGGCUACAGGGCUGAGAGGGCCGAGAGAUGUUCCCACUGUGCCUGUGUCAUUGCUUGUGUGUGACUUGGAAGAAGGGCCAAUAAAACAGCUGCAAGCUUU